UAAUAAAACAAAGACACUUGUUGAACUGAAUCAAGAAAACAGGAGAAUGCGGAAGAAUGGGCUCGAGCAACUUGUACAUGCGCAGUACAACUUUAAUUUCCCGCCAUUUUCGAUCUUGUUUUCAAGAUGGCGGAUCCACUGAGGAAAAAAGUGCUCUCAAUCUUCAGGUUAAAUGGGCUUUCCCUCCAAAGUGAAGCCACGAAAUUUCUCAGAGAYGUUCUCUCUCCUCUGUCUGAAACUGAGGUCGAUGAAUGGUUGGAGAAGAUCGUCGAAACGGUUCAAAAACAGCCAUUGAAUUCAUCACUCGUCGACCGCGAAACAGUCGAGUCGGCGGUACAAGAAUGCAGCAGAGGCCCAAACGAAGAUACUGACAAAGCGUUUUGUAUUAUUGAUGCUUUUGAUGUGCCUAAGUUCACUUUUAACGUCGACAGAAAGAAGUUUUUCCCUGUUACUGGUAAAACCUGUCUGCAUCCGAACUACGACAUCAAAUGGUCCAUGUUUUCAGAUCGCUACACUUUGAUUCACCAGCGAACGAACCGCCACGAACUGUUUUCAAACCUAGCAGACUUAGAGGCUGUGAAACAGAACCAAAGCUCUGAAAAGUUUGAUUUGAAAACCGUUGAAUAUUUACUUGGAAGCACUGGAUGUCURAGUCGAGUCAUUGUAUUGGGAAUGCUGAGCCAAAUUAAGGAGGGCAAAUUCUACUUAGAGGACCCCACUGGGGCUGUGGAGCUUGAYUUGAGUCAGACUAAUUAUCAUACUGGGCUCUAUACUGARAGCUGUUUUGUGUUAGCAGAGGGUAAUUAUGACGACAACAUAUUUCAUGUUACAGCGAUGGGGUUCCCUCCYGCAGAGCCUAGUAAAAUUACACAGAAUCAAUUUGGAAACAUUAAYUUCUUUGGUGGACCAUCAGCAACAUGCGCAAAGGGAUCUAACAAAUUGAAGGAAAUGGARAAAGAGAACACUGAUGCCAUGUUCGUUAUUUUAUCAGACGUGUUUCUUGAUCAGCCAAGGGUAAUGGACAAACUCCGUCGAAUGUUUGCUGGCUAUUCAUCUAUGCCACCAUCUUUGUUCAUAUUUUGUGGCAAUUUUAACUCGCAACCUUAUGGUGCCAAUCAAUACAGCGUGUUAAAGGAAUCUUUUCAAGCAUUUGCAAGUCUAGUGGCUGAGUUUCCKUCUCUUCUCGAAGGAACUCGAUUUGUGUUUGUUCCUGGACCACAGGAUCCUGGCCCUGGUAAUGUUAUCCCAAGGCCUGCCAUUCCAGAGUCUAUUACUAAGGGUGUGAYAGAGAAGCUCCCUUUAGCKGUAUUUACAUCAAAUCCMUGCAGAAUCCAAUACUGCACACAAGAGAUCAUCAUAUUUCGAGAAGAUCUUAUGAACAAAAUGUGCCGUAAUGCCAUCCAUAUUCCAACAAAUCUAAAAGAAAUUCCAGAUCAGCUKCUCAAGACCAUUCAAGCACAGGCUCAUUUAUGUCCUCUGCCUAUACAUGUCCGACCAGUAUAUUGGGGYUGUGAUGCRGCAUUAAGAGUAUAUCCCAUACCUGAUCUGCUGGUGAUUGCAGAUAGAUAUGAUCCAUACACRUGCAAUGCUCUGGAUUGYGCUGCCACUAAUCCUGGCUCAUUUUCCAGGAAUGAGUUUGCUUUUAARGUGUACUGGCCCUCCAGUCAUGAAGUKGAAGAUUGUAAAAUUUCUGAUUGAUAUAAUGAUGUGUAAUAUGAAGGUUAUUUUGUUGAUAUAAAUAAAUGCAAUGAUUUUAUGCAAGAA